CUUCCAUAGCUUGGUAGCUGCUUCGUUUCAUGGCCCUGGACCCUCCUCUUCCUUUCCCCUUUGAUGAUGGGGCCAUGCAAACAUGGGGCACCCAGCCCUGGUGCCCCACUGGUGGGGAGCACCUUUGGGGACAGGACCUGGGAACAGCACUGGGGGUACUGGCUCCCUAAGCAGAUAUUUUGCUCUAGCCUCACAUUGGAAGUGUUUUCCCAAGACCUGAACAACCUUCCAAGUGGGAAUGCGGCUCCUCUCCCUGCGUGCCCAGGGCAGGGCAUCCCUCCCGGGUGGAAUGGGUGCCCUGCUGCCCGCGCUGUCCCUGCUGGCCGUGUCCCUGCUGCCGCACGCGGCUGCCACGCUCCGCAUCGGCGCCUUCAACAUCCAGGCGUUCGGGGACAGCAAGAUGUCCGACCAGACCAUUGCAGACGUCAUCGUCAAUAUCCUCGGUCGCUACGACAUUGUCCUGGUGCAGGAGGUGCGGGACUCGGACCUCAGUGCCGUCACUGAGCUCAUGGAGCAGCUAAACAGCGCAUCCUCGUCCCAAUAUGCCUACGAGAUCAGCGGCCCCCUGGGGCGAGAGAACUACAAGGAGAUGUACCUCUUCAUCUACAGGACGGAGACAGUGUCUGUGCUGGCCACCUACCAGUACAAGGACCACCAGGACGUCUUCAGCCGGGAGCCGUUCAUCCUGAGGGUGUCAUCGCCUCACACCAAGGCAGGAGAGUUUGUGCUGGUGCCGCUGCACUCGGCGCCGCACGCUGCCGUGGCCGAGAUCGACGCGCUCUACGAUGUCUACCUGGCCAUCGUCAACAAAUGGGACACGGAUAACAUCAUGUUCCUGGGGGACUUCAACGCCGACUGCUCCUACGUGAGGCCCGAGGACUGGUCCUCCAUCCGCCUGCGCACCAGCGACGUCUUCAAGUGGCUGCUCCCCGACGGUGCCGACACCACCGUGGGCAAGUCGGACUGUGCCUACGACAGGAUUGUGGUGUGCGGCGCCAAGCUGAAGAGGAGCGUCGUGCCCAACUCGGCCACUGUUUACAACUUCCAGCGCGCUUUGCAGCUGGAGCAGGAGGAGGCCCUGGCAGUCAGUGACCAUUUCCCCGUUGAAGUGAAGCUGGCAGCCUGAGCUCCUCCAGCUGCUGUA